GCCGGGCCACGGCGGGGCACCCGGCUUCCUCGGUGGGAGCCGACAGGGCGGGAACGCCAGGCAGAGCAUAGAAGGCUGUUGCUGAGAGGGGACUUCAGGGAGCAGUGGCAGAGCUCUGGGAGAGGAGUGGAGAAUGACUCAGCAGGGAGCUGUUCUUCAGGGUUACAAUAAUGAACUAGUGAAAUGCAUUGAAGACUUAUGUAUGCAAAAAGAAGAGCUGAACAAACAAAUCCAGCAAGCAGAAGAGGAAAAAAAUAAACUCCAGCAUGAAAUCCAAGUCCUGAGUGAACAACUGGAGUGUGUAUGUGAAAAUCUGGCCCAAAAGGUAGCUUCACGGAAUGAGCUUGAUAAGAUUCUUGCUGAAACUGAAGCUGCUUACAUGAAGAUUUUGGAUAGUUCUAGAACUUUACUUAAUGUCCUGAAGAAGGAAGUGGGAAGCUUAAAGCAUACGCCAGAGCUGAAAACCAAUGUAACGUGAAACAGUCAAAUGUUUGGACUCCACAGUGCUAAAAUUCCACUAGGCUGUUAAAACUGAAGAAGUUUUAAGGGAAGCCUUGUAAGUCUUUAAGGAAGUCUACUUCACAACCAUUAUUACAUCUAAGAGUAGCUAUUUCAGUGUCAAAACUAAAAUACUGGAGAUGUUUGAAUUUUUGAUGUUACAAAACUAAGGGAAAUAUGUAACUGUUGGUUAGUAUUUAUACACACUGGGGCCUCCCAACUUUCAAACAAAAGGUUGAAAUGUUGUUAAAAUUCCAUUCAGUGAUCCCAAUCUGUAAAAUUUCUGUUUAAAUUCAUAUUCACAAAUGGAGAGCAAUAAUACCAUAUCUCUAGGGCUUCCCUAUUUGUAGAAUAACUCUCAAGUGUGGCAGUCAUUGUGAAGUAAGUGCACCUGCAGAGCUGUUACUCAAAAAUAGCUCUUACCUUUAUAUUCUGUAUUGACCCAAAUGAACAUACUGUGUCCUUUUAUUGAAGCGGUAAACCUUUUUCACUGCUUUUCCAGGUAGUAUAAAUCUUGACAUAAAUAGCUUUUCUUAAAGAGCUUCAGUUUGUUCAGAAUAGAAAACAUGCAAACUAAAUUAACACACAGUAUUGCUUGAACAGAAAUGAUAAUUUGCAGAUUACAGCAGCUCUGUAGGGCUAAUCUGUGAUGGAAGAUUUGCCUGAAAUAAGGCAGGUUAUAAAUUUAAAGCAUCAUACUUAUUCCAGACUUAAUUUUUUAUAUUGUUUUUAUAUGACUGGGUUAGAUCCAGUAAUUUACUUGAGUGCUUACAAUCUAGAGGCCUUAAUGACAAAAGUUCAGGUUACCAAAUUUUAGUGCCUAAUCUAAAGUGCUCUGUUGGGUGUCUUGUAGCUUAUUUGGUAUGUGAGGAGACACAGUUUUUUAAUUCCUGCCUGUGCUUGAUUCAAAGCUCCAGUGUAAAGCAUCUAGAGCAGUGGUCUAAUUUCCUGAAUUUAUGUAGUGGCACCUCCACCUGGUUUCCAAAUAACAGUACAUAACUGGAGGAGAGAUGAUGAUUCCCAGCUUUUAUAGCAAUAAAUAUGUACCUAGCACAUACAACUCUAGCCAUCAGCAGGUUUUUCAAAACUUUUGAGUGUUGACUUCUGCCAAGUAAAUUUAGUUCAUUAUGUACGAUAGAGUUGGGUGGUUACCAAAGAAACUGCUUGUGGAUGGUAUGUUGAAGUAAUUUUCUGUGUGGAGGUGAUUAUAUGAACCACUGGGUGAAGUCCCAUAUACAAGCAAUCACUCACAAUCCAUAAUUGUCUCUGUGGAGAUGCUUACUCUUCAGUUCAGGUACCUCCCCACACACAGUUUCUGCUAAUCACCUUGUAGGAAUGGAGGUGAGUGGACUGGGGUGGGCCCUAAUUUUUGGGGUGGAGAAUAAGUAUGGAUGUGCAGUCCUGGUUUGGGAAGAAUGGAGCAUGGGGGAUGUGAUAGAAAGAGAGGUGGGCUUCCUUUUAAU